GCUGAAACACAAACACAACAACACACUAUGGGUAAGACAACGACACUGCUCUUGCUCUUGUUCGCUCUCCUCUUCACCACAUCUUUAUCCAAAGACCUCUGUCACAAAGAUGACAAAAACACCCUCCUCAAGAUCAAGAAAGCCAUGAACAACCCUUACACCAUCAUCUCCUGGGACCCCAAGGACGACUGCUGCACCUGGGUCUCUGUUGAGUGCGGCAACGCGAACCGCGUCACCUCUCUAGACAUUUCAGACGACGACGUCUCCGCUCAGAUCCCUCCUGAAGUCGGUGACUUACCGUAUCUACAAUACCUCACACUCCGCAAACUCCCUAACCUCACCGGUGAAAUCCCACCCACCAUCGCCAAGCUCAAGUAUCUCAAAUCUCUCUGGCUCAGCUGGAACAGCCUGACCGGCCCGGUUCCUGAAUUUCUGAGCCAGCUCAAGAACCUAGAGUACAUAAACCUUUCUUUCAAUAAACUCUCUGGCUCCAUACCCGGUUCUCUCUCUUUGUUACCUAAACUAGAUUUUCUUGAACUAAGCAGGAACAAGAUUACAGGUCCCAUACCAGAGUCAUUUGGAUCAAUUAAAAGAGCAGUAUAUGGGAUUUACCUAUCGCACAACCAGCUGUCCGGUUCUAUACCAAAAUCACUAGGCAACAUCGACUUUAACACCAUUGAUCUUUCCCGGAACAAGCUUGAAGGUGAUGCGUCCAUGUUGUUUGGAGCCAAAAAGACGACAUGGCACAUUGACUUAUCUAGAAACAUGUUCCAGUUCGAUAUCUCCAAGGUUAAGGUCGCUAAGACAGUUAAUUUCUUGGACUUGAAUCACAACAGCCUCACAGGGAGUAUCCCGGAUCAAUGGACCCAACUUGAUCUUCAGACUUUCAACGUUAGCUAUAACAGACUGUGUGGACGCAUCCCCCAGGGAGGUGACCUUCAGAGAUUUGAUGUUUAUGCAUAUUUACACAACAAGUGCCUAUGUGAUGCACCUCUUCCGAGUUGCAACGUGAAGAUUCAAGCUACCGAUCUUUAUCUAAACUUACCAUCAAAAUAAAUCAUGUAUAAGGACAUCUGUAUGUUCUAUUCGGAAUGAUGAAUAAAAAUGAAUCAUAUUUCAUUUGAUAAAA